UAAAUUGUGAUAUAACAAAUGAGAUUAAAAAUAAAAUUAAAGGAUUAAAGUGGUCAUUUUUUAAAAGUAGAGGAGUCAAAAUGUACAUUUUGUGGAUCAAAACGAAUAUUUUCAGAGUACGGUAACCAAACUGAACCAAGGCUGCAAGUUCAGGGACCAAAUUAAUAUUUUAACAUAUUUUAUAUCUCUACUUUUCCUUAAUUAUUUAAGUCAAUUUUUAUUUAAAAUUAAAUAGUUUUUUUAAUAUUUAAUAUAUUUUAAUAUAAAAAUUAACGUGUCCAUGGUGUGUCGUGUCUUACUUUUCUGAAAAUUGGCAUGUUACCGUGUACGAUAUAAUGUCAUUUUGCUAAUAAAUAGAGUUCUCUUUGUUAUCAUGUUGAAUAAUCUGAGAUUUAUUCUCUAUCAUGUAAGCGAAAUUAUAUUUUAUAAAGUUUUCCAAGUUUAGAAAAAUAAAUGAUAUCCUUCAAUUUUGGCCACUUAUUUUUCACCGCUCACAGUGGGUGCUGCCUUCUUCUUCUUCUUCAAGCUCCCAAAAAUCAGCCACAAAAAAUGGGGUGGAUCUUCCUGUAUUUCUUCUUCUUCUAUGCUCUUCACGUCUUGAUUCUUCGUCUUCUCAGCAGAGUUCAGAAACGCCCACCAUCCCCUUUCCCAGCCCUCCCCUUUGUCGGCCACCUCCACCUUCUCAAGCCACCCCUUCACCGGACCUUCGCCAAAAUUUCCGACCGCUACGGUCCCAUUCUCCUCCUCCGAUUCGGAUCUCGUCCGGUCCUUCUCGUCUCUUCCCCUUUCGCCGCUGACCAAUGUCUCACCAAAAACGACGUCAUUUUCGCUAACCGCCCUCGCCUUCUCGCCGGUAAACAUUUAGGCUAUGACUACACUUCUCUUGUUUGGGCUUCUUAUGGCGAUCACUGGCGCAACCUCCGUCGAAUCGCCUCUCAUCUCCUCUCCUCCACUAAUCUCCAAGCUCUCUCCUCCACACGCGCCGACGAGGUCCAUUCCCUACUCCACAGCCUCCACCAGAAAUCAGAUCAGAUCGUGGACGUCAGAACAGUGCUCUUCGAGUUCAUGCUUAACGUUAUGAUGACGAUGAUCGGAGGGAAGCGUUACUUCGGAGACAACACGGCCGAUGCAGAGGAAUCUCGGAACUUCCAGGAGAUCGUUUCUGAAACAUUUCGCCUGUCGGGGACUAAUUUUGCCGAUUAUUUGCCAAUACUGAAGUGGAUUAUUGGAAGCAGAAGAAUCGAAAGGAGUUAUAUUAAUCUGCGGAAGAGGAGGGAUGGAUUCAUGCAGAAUCUCAUAGAGGAGCACAGAGAGAUCAAGAAAUUAGAGAUGCGCACCCAAUCUCCAUUAUCGGGAGAGACGAAGAAGAAGAAGACGAUGAUCGAAGUGAUGUUGUCUCUUCAAGAAUCGGAUCCCGAUUACUACACCGAUGAAAUCAUCACAAGCCUCAUGCUGGUUCUACUAUCUGCUGGAACCGACACGACGGUUGCGACCAUGGAGUGGGCGAUGUCGUUACUGCUGAACCAUCCUCACGCUCUGGCAAAAGUAAGAGCCGAGAUAGAUGAUGUCGUUGGCCAAGAACGACAUGUCGACGAAUCUGAUUUGGAAAAGCUUCGGUAUCUGCAGUGCGUAAUAAAGGAGACGCUGCGGAUGUACCCGGUGGGGCCCUUACUGGUGCCCCAUGAGUCGUCCGCAGAUUGUACCGUGGGUGGGUACCACAUCCCACGUGGCACAAUGCUACUGGUGAACGUGUGGGCGAUCCACAACGACGGCAGAAACUGGGAGGAGCCGGCGGCGUUCAGGCCGGAGAGAUUCUUGGAGGCGGCAGCGGGCGGCGGAGAUGGGUUGAGAUAUGUGCCGUUUGGGUUUGGGAGGAGGGGGUGCCCGGGGGAGACGCUGGCGGUGAAAGUGGUGGGGCUGGUGGUGGGGUCGCUGAUUCAGUGCUUUGAGUGGGACAGAAUUGGAGAGGAAAUGGUGGACAUGGCCGAGAGAACAGGCCUCACCAUGCCCAAGGCCCACCCCUUACAAGCAAAGUGCAGGCCCCGUCCAAUUCUCUACCGCGCCAUAAGAUCAUAUUCUCAUUCUUGAGCAUCUGCCUCAGAUGCUCUGCGUCCGAAUCUUAUGCCAACUUUAAGUGAGUAAAUAGAUGUG